GGUGUGGGGCGGGCUGGCGGGCGCUGCGGCGGCCGCGGCGGCUGCUUCCUCGGGCCAUUUUGCUGAGGAGCGACGGGGAGGAGGAGCCGCUGAGGAGACCCAAGGCGAGGAGCGGCGAGCCAGAGGAGGCAGCGGCCGCGCGCGUGCCGGGCUUUCCUCGAUCGCGGGGAUCUCAAGGGGCGAGGGGAUCGCCGGGGAGGGGGACCGGAGAGCCGCGCCUGCCGCGCGGCGCGCCCCUUCCCGCCCCCUGCACCAUGAGCUGGGGCACCGAGCUCUGGGACCAAUUUGACAACUUAGAAAAACACACACAGUGGGGAAUUGACAUUCUUGAGAAAUACAUCAAAUUUGUAAAGGAAAGGACAGAGAUUGAACUCAGCUAUGCAAAGCAGCUCAGGAACCUCGCAAAGAAAUACCAACCUAAAAAGAACUCAAAGGAGGAAGAAGAAUACAGGUAUACGGCUUGUAAAGCCUUCCUUUCCACCCUGAACGAAAUGAAUGAUUACGCUGGGCAGCAUGAAGUUAUCUCCGAGAACAUGACCUCGAACAUCACUGUGGAGUUAGCCCGCUACGUCCAGGAGCUGAAGCAAGAAAGGAAAUCGUACUUUCACGACGGGCGGAAGGCACAACAGCACAUAGAGAUCUGCUGGAAACAACUCGAAUCAAGUAAAAGACGCUUUGAACGUGACUGCAAAGAGGCGGACAGGGCACAGCAGUACUUCGAGAAGAUGGACGCUGACAUCAAUGUCACCAAAGCAGAUGUGGAAAAGGCGCGACAGCAAGCUCAAGUACGUCACCAGAUGGCGGAGGACAGCAAAGCUGAUUACUCAUCCAUCCUCCAGAAGUUCAACCACGAGCAGCACGAGUAUUACCAUACUCACAUCCCCAACAUAUUUCAGAAAAUACAGGAGAUGGAGGAGAGGAGGAUAGUAAGGAUUGGGGAGUCGAUGAAGACGUACGCGGAGGUCGAUCGGCAGGUGAUCCCAAUCAUUGGGAAGUGCUUGGAUGAAAUCGUGAAGGCAGCGGAGUCCAUCGAUCAGAAGAACGAUUCCCAACUGGUAAUAGAAGCUUAUAAGUCCGGGUUUGAGCCUCCCGGGGACAUCGAAUUUGAGGAUUACACCCAGCCGAUGAAACGCACUGUGUCGGAUAACAGCCUCUCGAAUUCCCGAGGAGAAGGCAAACCAGAGCUCAAGUUUGGUGGCAAAUCCAAAGGAAAGCUAUGGCCCUUCAUCAAAAAAAAUAAGCUUAUGUCCCUUUUAACAUCCCCCCAUCAGCCUCCCCCUCCCCCCCCUGCCUCUGCCUCACCCUCUGCUGUUCCCAACGGCCCCCAGUCUCCCAAGCAGCAAAAGGAACCCCUCUCCCAUCGCUUCAACGAGUUCAUGACCUCCAAACCCAAAAUCCACUGCUUCAGGAGCCUAAAGCGUGGGACUCAGUCUUUCUGUUUUCACAAAGAACUCAUGAAGAGGACGAUAGGGAAACCCACGUAUGCUUUUGAAGCUAGGGACUAUGUUCUUUCUCUCAAGCUGGGCGCCGCGCCUGAGGAUUUCCGCAACCUCCCGCCCGAGCAGAGAAGGAAGAAGCUGCAGCAGAAAGUCGAUGAAUUAAAUAAAGAAAUUCAGAAGGAGAUGGAUCAGAGAGAUGCCAUCACAAAAAUGAAAGAUGUUUACCUAAAGAAUCCUCAGAUGGGAGACCCAGCCAGUUUGGAUCAUAAAUUAACCGAAGUGAGCCAAAAUAUAGAAAAACUGCGACUAGAAGCCCAGAAAUUUGAGGCCUGGCUGGCGGAGGUGGAGGGUAGGCUGCCGGCACGUAGCGAGCAGGCCCGCCGGCAGAGUGGAAUGUUCGACGCCCAGAACCCGGCCACGGUCAACAGCUGCGCCCAGGACCGCGAGAGCAGCCCGGAUGGCAGUUACACGGAGGAGCAGAGUCAGGAGGGUGAGGGGAAGGUGCUGGCCACGGACUUCGACGACGAGUUUGACGAGGAGGAGCCCCUGCCCGCCAUCGGGACCUGCAAAGCCCUCUACACGUUCGAAGGUCAGAAUGAAGGGACCAUCUCCGUGGUUGAAGGAGAAACGCUGUACGUGAUCGAGGAAGACAAAGGCGACGGGUGGACCCGCAUUCGGAGAAACGAAGAUGAAGAGGGUUAUGUCCCCACUUCGUACGUCGAAGUCUAUUUGGACAAAAAUGCCAAAGGUGCUAAGACUUAUAUUUAAUACAACUUAAAAAAAAAAAAUUGGAGUUGUCUGUCCCCACAACUAUGACUGUUCCGGGCGGUUCUUCCAAAGCCGGAGGACCCCGGAGUGCGUGCUGUCCCGUGGCCACGUGGUGGGCUGGUGGGCGCUCGACACCCGGAUUUCCUUGUCCGGUUUUGACUAUAAAACGUUUCACUUGCUCAUGGAAUAGGACAAGGAAAGCUGCCAACUGCCAAUUUACAAUUUUGUCAUUUGAGCUCAGAUAAACAGUUCUUCCUCUGGCAGUAUCUGUAGGUAUCAAAAAAAAACAAAAAGUUGCCUUCUAGCUUCUAAUUGCUAUUUCUGAAUUUAAAAAGUUCACACACAUCAGCAGGGUGGGCAAGACUUCCGUUCUGUUUCUCUCUCGCAACUGCCGUGAACGCGACCCCCUUAGGAUGUUACGUUUUGAAACUUCGUAACUUGAACCACGCUCGUUCGUUUGAUCUUACAAUCAUUUGCUUUGGAGGAAGUCAUCAACAAAACCUCCCCUCCUCGAGGAAAGAAUAAGACGAGUCCUAUAUUGGUACUAAACGUGUGUAUUUUUCCUUCAACGUGUUUAAGACCAUUGGUAGAUCGUCGUGUUUUCCUCUCCCGUCUGCAUGACCCCAGACAACCAGCUGAAAACUGGAAAAGCUCGGUCCACGGUUAGCCGGUAGACUUUUACACGAGGCCCUGAGCUCCCCGCUGCCCUUGACAGAGACGAUCAGAUGCCCUAGUGCUGAUUCCGUAACGGACCGAAAACCCGGCGUGCUUCUGCUGGAGCUUUUGUGGCCAGAGGAGCGGCCUUCAGCUCCCCGGUGCCCAGGUGGGGCUGUAAGGGGCAGCAGCUGCUGCUACAACACAGAAGCCCCCCAAGCUCAUUGCUUCCGCACACGUGUUUUGGCUCGGUUGGUUGGUUUUUUUGAUCCUUGGCAUCUUUAAGACCCAAAAUAUGACUUACUGAAAAAUCAUUUUAGAAUUGCUAGCUCGUUUUAUUUUACAUAAUGAACCAUAACCAGACUAAAGUAUUUCACCGUCUUGAAAGGGGAUCUGGGUCGCGUGGGGAUUUACGUUUUUUAAAUCGAUCACAGGCGUGCGCCGCCCCAGCUGUGCGCCCGAUUCGAGAAUCUACCCUGCGGUCCCAGAGAACCAGCUAUGAAGGGCUCAGGGCCGAGGGGUCAGGUUCUGAUUUUCUUUUUAUUUGGCUUUGAGAAUUACUUAUUCAUGUCCUUCCUACUUUUAAAUAGGAAAUUAGCUCCUUGCUUUUACACUGUGAGCUCCUUUUAGAAGCGCAAAUCGAUUUAAAGUUGAUUCUACCAAAAAAAAAAAAAAAACUGAUUUAAAAAACAACAGCAGGGGGCCCCACUGUUACAGGUUCUUGUGGAUUCUCUCAGAAAGUUCUCAUUUCCCCAGGACCACCAGAAUGGAACUUCGUGAACGUUAAUGACAGCCUGAUUUUUAAUACACGGUCUGUUGUUAAAUAAUGAUUGGUUGCCAGGAAGUUGCAAAGACCGUACAGAGCCGUCCCGUGUACCCUUGAGCAGGUGUCGUCCCCCCCCGCCCCCACCAGUGGUGGCUUCUGAUGGAAUUGUAAUACAAAUGCCCAAAGCAGGAAACGGACAUUGGUCAGCCCGCUUUUUAAAAAUAUUUUGUGAUUCUGGUUUCUUUUGCCUUGUUCUGCCUUUACUGACGUAAUAUCGAUAAAGCCAUUCACCCUGGACCCCAGACCUCUCAGGAAAAUCGUUUCUGUUCCCCUUUGUGAAUAUUCCCCACAAGUAACUCUGCUGACCCUGAGGCCACGGGGUUCCUCCUCUUCACGAGCUGGGGGAGGUGACAACGCUGGGCAUGGACCCAGGCGAACAGGGGGGGGACCUCAGCUAUUAGAACCAGAGCUUUCUGUCUAAUGAUGGGACCCAUUGCCAGCCUGUGAACUGCUACAGGAAGUGACCCAAACACUGACAAAGUCUUAAAAUGGCCAAGAGGACGAGAGCCUUUGGAAGCCUCCCUUGGAAAGUAUGGCAUUCCAUGACGUUGUUGUGGGUUUAUUUAUUUAGGUGUUGUUUUUUUUUUUUCUUAACAGUUGUGCAAAUUUGAUUCAGAAAACGGCUCAGUUGGUUUGUGGGGCUGGGGGUGGGGGUGGGGUGGGGGCGUGUGUCGAUUUUGGGCGCAUAAUUGAAUGCUUGUGAUGUUGUGUGCCCCAGGCCCUUAGCACAGGCAGCUGCGGACGAGGGAUGGAACAGUGCCUCGGUGCCAGCCAGUCAACACACCAAGUAUUAGGAGCAGUCCUGAAACCACUCCCAAAGAAUCAGAGUUCCCAUUUCUGCCCAGAAUAUACUUUGGUAUUUUUCGACCCCCUCCCACCACCCCUGGUUAUCUGCUAAAAUGAAAGAAGCCAAGUCUCAGCUUGUGGGUAAAGUUUUCUCCUUUUAUUUUAGAGACGCAUUUCGAGGUUCCUCGCGUAUGCAUAGAAGCCUGUCUUCCCCACGGGUUUCUAAACUUGUGGGCGCCCCCAAGAACACUGCCUCCCGCCAACCCCUCCCAGGCCGAGGGGCUGCUGCUUCCUCAUGCCCAGAACUCAAAGCAGCGGUUUUUGUGCUGUGCGCUCGUGUGUGUGUGUGUGUGUGUGUGUGUGUGUGUGUGUGUGUGUGGUCUACGAUGUGACUAUUUAAUAAUUGCCAAAAUAUUUAGACUAGAGGAACGUCCAGUGGUCAGUUGGAUCUCUUCUUUCAUGGUUCAGUUUGGUUUUUUAAAUUGCUUUCUGUUAAAUAUGUCCGAAAUCCCCCCGCCCGCCCCCCAUAUAUUUGUAUAUACUGCCGUUUAAAAACUAAAAGGAUGACUUGAAUUCCUUGUUUUAACGUUUGACUCUCUUGUCUGUUUGUUUUAUUGGUGAUUCUGCUGCCUAAUGACCGUUUUUGUUUUGUAACCGCUGGGGAGGCCGGAAGGACUAGGUCCCCCGCUGGCUGCUCAGCCUUGACUUUAUUGUAGACACUUGUGUUCUGAGUAAGUUUUGCUCCAACACGGCCAAAAUGAUUGUCUCUCUCUCUUCUCACCCUGAAAGAAACGAAUCUGUCUGGCUCCUCCUGGUUGUACCCUCGUAUCUGCCUCUCUAAUAAACGUAUUUUUCUCAG